AUGACCGGAUCCAUGACCACAUACAUGACCAAAUCCAUGACUGGAAAACCCGUCCAUGACCAAGUCAUUCCCCGAGUGAUGGCGCUUGUCGCCAUGAAGCUGGACGGUCAUUCCACCUUCGAGGCGACGUUCGAAAGCGCAUACCUGCAGGUAGACGCGUUCACAGCGCUAUCUGCGGGCGCCGAGCAAUCUCCUGAGGCAGCGACCACAGCGGCAGUACUGGUGGAGGCUGAGGAGCAGGAGGGCUACACGGUGACCAACGCCGUGCAGAGCUACACGCUGCGAGGGGAAGAACUCAGCGGCCUGGACUGCAGCGUGUACAACCUAGCCUCCAACUACGAGGUCCGACGUGUGCCGCCAGCUCAGCACCCGCACCGAGAGCGAUUGGGUCUACAGAUCCCGGUGGCAGUUCGACGCCGCAAGCGCACUACCCCUGCCACACCCAUAACCGCCCCUGUGCCUGCCCCUGUGCCUCUGCUGACUGCAGCCCCGGCCCCUCCUCCUGAGCCACCUGCUCCUACAGCUGCAGUGACACUCAACCAGCCAACGUCUCAGACAGCCACGGAGCUGCCCCGCCUGGUAGCCUUCCACAGCACGCAUCCGCUGUACAGAACACAUGUCCACAUCCGCCUGCCGCGGCCACGAUAUGUACAGCUUGGAGGCUCUCUUCCCCGCCGGCCCCGCCCUGGCACCUCUGCUGCGGGCAUGGCGCAGUACUACACGUUUGUCCUGGGUACUUUCAAAGCUCACCGGGGUCAGCCCAUCCCCCCCGGGCUGAGUGUAAAGGAAGCCUACGACACCUGGUGGGCAGAGCUGGGCACUACCGAGGCAGGUCGCUCAUACCAAGCGUACGUAACGGUGCUGCUGGACAACAUCGAAGAGGACCACGCAGGGAAAGCCCGCCAUCAGGCGGAGUACAACCAGCGGCGCCGCCAGCAGUGUGCGGCAGCGGCAGCGGCCGCGCUGCCUGAAGGUGACAGCACGAGCGCUUCGGAUGGAGAUACUGAUGACGGCAUCCGCGGGCAUCUCAGGCCUGACCCUGAAACACAGCCGCCCGCUGAGGACCAGCUGGAGCACUUCGUGUACAUCCCAGGUCAGGAGUAUCCAACGGCUGGCACAGACCUCGCCGCCGUCGCUCUUACGGACCUGUUUGACUGCACCAACGCUGCUGGCGCAUAUGCCUACGAUGCAGCACGCGGACCCCUGGUCGCCAUCGUGCGCAUGCCUGGCACUCCUGAGCGGACUGAACAGGCUCGCAUGCCCAUCUACGUGCACCUCCCCCAGCCGCCCAGCAUCGACGACACCAUCGAGCUGUUCACGCUCGCCCCCCACCAGGCCGUGCCCUUCAUGCUCAUGGCUCGGUACUUCGAUCGCCGCGAGGAGCCGAACCCUGGCGACCCGCCACAGAUGCUUGUGGAGGGCAAGCCCGGUACCGGAAAGAGCCAGUUCGUACAAGCGCUCCUUUGGUACACCUUCCAGCAUGGCUGCCCGCACUGGGCGGCCACCUGCGCCUACUCAUGGGCUGCUGCAACUGCAUUCAACACGCCGGUGCACCGCAGCCUCUCUACCCACGCCAUGUUUGCCCUGUCUGCUGGCAGCAACCGAGCAGAAAGCGUCCGGAAAGGCAGCACAGCCAGCCUACAGGUGCAUCGCAAUGUCGGCGAUGGUGCGCUCAUAAUCGACGAGAUCGGCAUGAACAGCCUGGACCACCUGGGUGUGUGCAACCAGUCUUGCACUCGUCACCUCUUGCCGCCGUCGCAUCCCUACCAAAAUGAAACCGCUUUAAGAGCGCUCUCAACGCAAUCUUAA